AUGACGGAACCGGGAUUAUCUCCUCUUGACGCAAGCCAGAACGAACCGCGUACUGGGUCAGCCAAGGCGACAAUCUCAAGCCAUCACAGUAAACUAUCGAAAACCGCAGUGGUUGGAUGGAAGUACCUUGUGACAGGAAGUGAUUGGUGGGAUAAGAUUGAUGGAGUCGACGCUUUAGCGAUAGAUAGAUUGUUGCAAUGA